UCUUCUUCUCCUGGAUGUGUGUUUUUAGUUAAUGAGCUCCCUCGGCGUGGGCGAAGGCUGGCGUUUUGUGGACGUGGUGGGACUGGAGGGUGAGCAACUCUCCACCGUCCCGAAACCAUGCUGUGCCUUGAUGCUGCUCUUCCCUUUGACACAACAGCAUGAGUCUUUUAGAAAGCAGCAGGCGGACAAGGUUGCGGAUGACUGUGACGCUUAUUUCCUCAAGCAGACAGGAGUCAAUUCCUGUGGCACCGUUGCCCUGCUGCAUGCUGUGGCCAAUAACAAAAACAAACAGACAUUUGAUAGUGGCUCCAUCUUGAAAGAGUUUCUAGAUCAGACUGCAAACAUGUCUGCUGAUGACCGUGCCAAAGCUCUGGAGAAGAACCAGGCAAUCCGUGACGCUCACAAUGAGGUUGCCCAGCAGGGCCAGUGUAGGCCUGAAGCCGACAAAGUCAACUUCCACUUCAUUGCCUUUGUCAACAUAGAUGGACAUCUGUAUGAGUUUGAUGGGAAAAUGAAUGGACCAGUGAAGCACGGAGCUACCAAAGAUGGCUCAUUUGUAAUGGAUGCAGCUGAAGUGUGCCGUGGAUUCAUGGAGAGAGAGCAAGGAGAGGUCCGCUUCUCUGCAGUGGCACUUUGUCAAAGUUAGAUGUUCAUGAGAAGACAAAAUUAAAUUGUAAACCAAAAUGUCCUGGAGCAUUUACAUGGCAAACACAAUCAGUAAGCAUCCAUAAUGACCUGUGAGAACACACAUCUGCACACACUAUGCACUAUAAAGCACAUGUUGUUUCCACACACUGUACUCUUAUAUCAUGAACAAAGCAUUCUUUAGCACAUUUACACACAAACACAAAUGCACCAUCAAAGCCUUUUGUUCUGCUGACACUAACCAAGACAUGCUUGUCCAAUCCUUUUUAUGUGUCCAUCAUUUAGCAGUGAAAAUUGUACAACACAAGGCCAGAUCUCACUACGGCUUGUGUGCAUGUGUGUUUUCUGCAUAGUUUUUUUUUUUUUUAAUUAUAAUUAUUUUUGUAUGCUGUCAUUGGUGCAUUCUGAUUUCAACUCAAACAAAGUUGCUUAAAACCUUGUGUGCCAAUAAAGAGAAAAAGAAAAGGGCCCCUCAAAAUGCCUUCUGUUGCUGUAUGGUUGAGUUUGUACUAAUGGGACAUUCCUCAGAACAGCCCAAAUGUGUCUGUAGGAAUUUUAGAAAUACGGUUUGAAACAUGAACGUAGCCUUUUGAGUGGUGUUCUAGCACUUCUAACGGAUGUUUCUUUGAAAAACUGGUUUUCUUUGAGAAGUUUGAAUUUGAAGUUCAAAAUGAAUAGUGUUUGAAUAUACGCUUCACGUGUCCAAUAUCAGCAAAACAAAACUGAAAUGAGGGACCAACAGUGCUUCUCUAUGCUGGGUUGUUGUGCAGUGCAGGGUGAUUGUACUGUAUGUCAUUGCUGUGCACCGAUGACCUUUCUGCACUUUUCCCAAAUUUUAGCUUCAGUUCUAUUGUUGAUGCAGCGGUCAAAAUUCAAUAAAGCAACCAUUAAACUAG